CCAAAGUACAGUGACAAUCUGUCCACAUGGUGUCGCCAAAGAUCUUUGGUAACUCAAUGUUCUGUCUGUGUUCGCUGUAAGCGCAAUCAACAAACACACUUCCGUCAAAUAAGGGCGGAUAUUGCCCUCAACAUCCGGUAUGUGAGGUCACACGUAAACACAUGGCCGUACGAAUCAUUUUAGCGUGUUACAUUUUUGGUGGAAGAAGUAUAAAGCUUUAUACACGUUCACGCAAUGAAAGUUAAAGUUCUCUCCAGGAAUCCGGACGACUAUGUCCGUGAGACGAAGUUGGAUAUCCAGCGUGUACCAAGAAAUUACGACCCGUCCCUCCAUCCGUUCGAGGUGCCAAGAGAAUACACCCGUGCCCUGAAUGCCACCAAGUUGGAGCGCGUGUUCGCCAAGCCGUUCCUGGCUUCUCUGGACGGCCACAGGGAUGGGGUGAACUGCAUGGCCAAGCACCCCAAGAGCCUCUCCACAAUGCUGUCCGGUUCCUGCGAUGGAGAGCUGAAGGUGUGGAAUCUAACCAAACGGGAGUGUGUUCGUACACUCCAGGCCCAUGAAGGCUUUGUCAGGGGGAUGGUCGUCCGCUUCUGUGGCACCUCCUUCUUUACGGUUGGUGAUGACAAGACUAUAAAACAGUGGAAGAUGGAGACUCCUGGCUACGGAGAGGAAGAGGAACCUCUCAAUACUAUUCUUGGAAAGUCUGUGUUCACCUGCAUCGACCACCACCAGAAGGAGGGUGUGUUUGUGACGUGUGGCCAGCAGGUGGAUAUCUGGGAUGAGCAGCGCAGCAGCCCCAUCCGCUCCUUCUCCUGGGGCGUGGACAGUUUCAGCUGCGUCCGCUUCAACCCUGUAGAGACUGAACUUCUAGCAAGUUGUGCCUCUGACAGAAGUAUUGUGCUGUAUGACAUGAGGGAAGCGACACCUCUUAAAAAGGUAAUCAUGAAUAUGAGGAGCAACACUUUGUGCUGGAAUCCCAUGGAAGCGUAUAACUUCACCUGCUCUAAUGAAGAUUACAAUCUGUAUACAUAUGAUAUGAGGUACCUGGACAAGCCUUUCACCGUCCACAUGGACCAUGUCUCAGCCGUGCUGGAUGUAGACUACUCUCCAACUGGCAAGGAGUUUGUCUCGGCCAGCUUUGACAAGACCAUCCGCAUCUUCCCCAAAGACAGUGGCCACAGCAGGGAGGUGUACCACACCAAGCGCAUGCAGCACGUCAUCUCCAUAAAGUGGUCAUCAGACAACAAGUACAUCCUGAGUGCUUCAGAUGAGAUGAACAUCAGACUGUGGAAGGCCAACUCUGCAGAGAAGUUGGGAUUGCUGGCUCCUAGGGAAAAGGCAGCUGUGAACUACAGCCAGAAGCUGAAGGAGAAGUUCCAGCACCACCCUCAGAUCCGCCGCAUCUCGCGCCACCGCCACCUGCCCAAGUCCAUCUACAGCCAGAGCAAGGAGCUGCGUGUCAUGAAGGAGGCUCGCCGCAGGAAGGAGAGGAACGUACGCAAGCACAGCAAGCCUGGCUCCAUGCCCGUGGUGACGGAGAAAGAGAAACAUGUGGUCACCGUGGUGAAAUAGGACGCCAGUGACCGUGUGGCGUUGGAGGACUAAAGGACUACUCUGCCUCUACACACACAUGGGCCACGUUCAGACACUCACAGCUAGUGUUGCAAAAUGUCGGUAAGUUUCCCAAAAUUCUCUGGUUUCCAGAAAUUCCAGAUACUUGGAUUUCCUGCUUAGUCCUUCAUGGUUCCAGGACACAGGAGGUUGGUGGCACCUGAAUUGGGGAGGACGGGCUCGCGGGAAUAGCUGGAGCAGAAUGGUAUCAAAUGCAUCAUUCAUAGUUUCCAUGCGUUUGAUGUCAUUCCAUUUGCUCUGUUCUGGCCAUUAUUAUGAGCCGUCCUCCCCUCAGCAGCCUCCUGUGUUCCAGGAAUAUUCCAAAUGGGAUUUCUGACAAACCUGGCCACUUGGGAAAGAUACCAGAAUUUUGCAACCCUGCAGACAAUGUUGUGGAUCCCUUCAGUUAUAUUCAUGACAUUCUAAUGUGCAACGGUCAAAAGGCUGCACCCUCAUGAACACAACCCUCAUGAACACAACCCUCCUGAACACAACCCUCCUGAACACAACCCUCCUGAACACAACCCUAUCUAAGACUGAAAGAACUCAUUCCACCUCUCCAAGGCUUAUUAAAACAGAGAAAUAUGGGUGAAUAUUGUGAAGUUUGUUGACAUAAGUGUCCCAGCUGUCAUGGUGAAACUUUGUACCACCAGAUGAAGAUUUCAUGAAUGCUAUUUUUGGAACAGUAAUUUUGGGAUGUUAUUGUUUUGAAAUAAGAAUACACUAGUAACCGAGAAGAACAACAUCUGUCAAAUAUCACCAGAACGUUUAUUUCGGAAACUAUCUUGAAAAUGUUUGGCCUCCCUACACCACCACAUACCUUCAGCUAUUGUAUGUACUGAUUCAGUAACCUUAAAGAUUGCAUGAUGCUAAGGUUUGGUUCUAUUGAUAGUGUUUUUUGUAUUUAUUGAUACACUGCUAAUAAAGAUGUGGUAUGAUA